CAGACUGUGGCUACGACUCGUCGCACCAGCUUCACUCUGUCCGGCAGUGCAUCAUCAACUCCUCCUCCUCUUGUUGGGCUGUGCGAGUCUUCCAUCACCAUACAUGGUUACCAGUGCCAGGAGUUCUAUGUGAAAACGGAAGAUGGGUAUGUGCUUAACAUGCAAAGAAUCCAAGAGGGGCGUUCAGGUGGUGGAGGAGUAUUGGAUAAGAACAAGCAACCAGUCCUACUGCAGCACGGUGUACUCGUGGAUGGGAUUACAUGGGUAGUGAACACUCCAGAACAAGCCUUGCCGUUCAUCUUGGCAGAUAGUGGGUUCGAUGUAUGGAUUGCCAACACACGAGGGACUAGAUUUAGCCGUUCUCAUCUUACUCUCAAUGCAACCCAACCGGAAUACUGGAAUUGGUCUUGGGAUGAGCUUGUGGAGUACGAUCUUCCUGCUACAUUUGAUUUCUUGUCCCGUGAAACAGGCCAGAAGAUCCAUUAUGUGGGCCACUCCAUGGGGACCUUAAUAGCUCUGGCAUCUUUUUCAGAAGGGAAAUUGGUGGACAAGUUGAAAUCCGCUGCUUUGCUUAGCCCUGUUGCCUACCUGAGCCAUAUGACCACUGCUAUUGGGGUACUCGCCGCCAAAGCCUUCGUGGGAGAGAUGACCACGCUGAUGGGUGUUGCAGAAUUCAACCCAAAAGGGGAAGCGGUUGCUAAAUUUCUCCAUUCACUCUGCAAGAAUCCUGGAGUUGACUGUUAUGAUCUGAUGUCCUCAUUCACAGGAAAAAAUUGCUGUCUCAACGUCUCCACGGUUGAUCUGUUCUUGAAGAAUGAGCCUCAGUCCACCUCUACCAAGAAUAUGGUGCAUCUUGCUCAAACGGCAAGGAAAGGGUUGGUGUCAAAGUACGAUUACGGGAGGGAAGAGUUGAACAUGGAGCACUAUGGGCAAAGGAAGCCACCGAUCUAUAACCUCUCCAACAUCCCAAGAGACCUUCCUUUGUUCCUCAGCUACGGUGGACGAGACGCCCUCUCCGACGUUGGAGAUGUAGAGCUGUUGCUGGACAGCCUUAAGUUCCACGAUGGGGAAGACCUCACCACUCUGUUCCUCAAGGAUUAUGCUCACGCAGAUUUCAUAAUGGGUGUCAACGCCAAAGAGAUGGUCUACAAUGCCCUCAUCGCCUUCUUCAGACGCCACUGAUAUCCAUUAAACAAGAAAGAAGAACAAGGAAGAUAACUUAUAUGUAGUCUUGUGUCUUAUGAUGGGAA